AUGUUCGCUGCUAAAAGGGUAGCUCGAUCUCUCAAUCGCCGAAGUUUUAUCCCAGGCUUUAUAAUAGUCCCACAUCAAUACGCUGUCGUUAUCGAACGAUUUGGCAAAUUUUAUAAAACUCUUCAGCCAGGAUUUCACUUAUUAUACCUUGAAAGCAUUUCUAGCCUAUUUUUGCGUCUGUUUUGCCAUAAUCCAUUCUAUGGCAGUUUAAUUUGUUAAAAAAUUCAAAAAUUUAAUUUUUCAGAUUUUAACAAGGAAAAAAAGGCAGCCAAUUCUAGGCAAAUUUGUGAUCCUAGUAUAAUCCCAUUUGUGGACCGUGAUGCUUACUAUCACUCAUUAAAAGAAGAAGUCUACCAAAUCAGUAGCCAAGCUGCAGUUACAAAAGACAACGUUACUAUCCAGCUCGACGGUGUCUUAUAUCUCAAAAUUGUGGACCCUUUUAAAGCGUCUUAUGGUGUAGGAGACCCUAUUUCUGCAAUGACCCAGCUUGCCCAAACUACUAUGAGAAGUGAAUUAGGGAAACUUACUCUUGAUAAGACUUUUGAAGAAAGAGAACACCUUAACAAUGCAAUCGUGGACGCUAUUAAUGAUGCAGCAGAAGAUUGGGGAAUUGUGUGUAUGAGAUAUGAAAUUAGAGAUAUCGCUCCUCCUUUAAAUAUCAGAAAAGCUAUGGAGCUACAAGCUGAAGCUGAAAGACAAAGAAGAGCCGAUGUCCUUACUUCUGAAGGGAAAAAACUGUCAAGUAUAAACAUUUCUGAAGGACAAAGACAAGCUGCAAUUUUGGCUGCUGAAGGAGAAGCGCAGGCAACUAUUGUAAAAGCCAAAGCAAUCGCUGAUGGAGUUUCGGUGCUUGCGAAGAAUUCUAAAGAAAGUGGAGGGCAUAAUGCUAUAAAGCUGAGACUGGCUGAACAGUAUAUUGAAGCGUUUUCGUCUCUUGCGAAGUCUGAUAAUACUAUGAUUAUUCCUGCACAACCUCAUGAUGCUUCAACGAUGGUGGACAAAGCUUUGGGAAUUUUUGAAGAUAUAGGACUUAUACCAGGAGGAAUUAGUUUGGAUUUGAAAGUAAAUUGUUUAAUAAUUUUAUAUGAAAAUUGGGAUUAUCUUUGGGAUUAUUUGUGAGAAAUUUAUUAGAGAUUAAGAUAAAAAAAUAA